AUGACAGACGAUACUUUGAUACCACAGGGUGAUACAUUACCUCGCCAUGGGCGUUGCGAGCCCAUUACUAUUCAAUACUGUCAGCACAUAAGAUAUAAUGAAACAAUAUUUCCUAAUUUACUGGAUCAUACAAAGCAAGAAGAUGCUGGAUCUGAGAUUUAUAGUAUUUUUACACCCUUGAUAAAAAACAAUUGUUCGCCAGAUCUGAAAGCGUUUUUAUGUUCUGUCUACGCUCCAUUGUGUACUAUUCUGGAUACGCCGAUACCUCCAUGUCGUCAUUUAUGUGAAACAGUUCAACUGGAUUGUAAUGAACGAAUGACACCGUUUGGGUUCGCAUGGCCGGAAUAUUUGAACUGUUCAGGAUUUCCUGCUGUGACGGAUGAAAAUUUUAUAUGUUUUGGAGAUAAAAAUGUAACUCAUGCAUCCCGUAAACCGUCAGAGAGAAGGCUGCCCAAAGUGGAAUAUAAAUCAAGUGUAGACAGAGAUCCUACUAAACUUCAAGGAGCUAAAAAUUACGGCUUUGUUUGUCCAGUUCAGUUUAAAAUACCUAAAAAUUUAGAUCUGGAAUACACUUUGAAAGUUGGUGAUAAAAUUGAGAAUGAUUGUGGUGCACCAUGUAAUGGAAUGUUUUUUAGCAAAGAUGAGAAAGAUUUUGCCAGACUGUGGAUUGGUAUAUGGGCUACUCUUUGUGCAUCAAGUUGCCUCUUUACUGUUCUUACUUUUUUAAUUGAUACUGACAGAUUUAGGUAUCCUGAGAGGCCAAUUAUCUUUUUAUCAGUAUGUUACUUGAUGGUAGCUGUUGCAUAUAUUAUAGGGUGGGGUGCUGGGGAUAGCGUAAGCUGUCAAGGUCCAUUUACAGUUACUGUGAGUGGAACAAAAUUACCAAACAUCCUUGUUAUAACUCAAGGAACAAAACAUGAACCUUGUACAAUCCUUUUUAUGAUUUUAUACUUCUUUAGUAUGGCUUCAAGUAUUUGGUGGGUAGUAUUAACAUUAACUUGGUUCCUAGCAGCUGGUUUGAAAUGGGGACAUGAGGCUAUUGAAGCAAAUUCACAAUAUUUCCAUUUAGCUGCAUGGGCAGUGCCAGCAGUUAAGACCAUUUCAAUAUUGGCUAUGGGAAAUGUUGAUGGGGAUGUCUUAUCAGGUGUAUGUUACGUUGGACUAUGGGAUGCUGAAGCUCUACGUGGAUUUGUACUAGUACCAUUAUGUGCAUACUUAGUACUUGGAACAAUAUUCUUACUAGCUGGUUUUGUUUCAUUAUUUAGAAUCAGGACUGUUAUGAAACAUGACGGAACAAAAACUGAUAAACUUGAAAAACUUAUGAUUAGAAUAGGCAUUUUUGGUGUGCUCUACACUGUUCCAGCACUAAUUGUUAUUGCUUGCUUAUUUUAUGAGCAAGCUCAUUUUGACUCUUGGAUGGUGACAUGGCAUCGUGAUAUGUGUUCCUCACCUCAAUAUUCAAUUCCAUGUCCUUUUACAAAACAAGAAGCUGACAGACCUAGAUUCGAAAUGUUUAUAAUAAAAUAUUUAAUGACAAUGAUUGUUGGGAUAACUUCUAGUUUUUGGAUAUGGUCAAGUAAAACUAUAGUUUCAUGGCGUCAAUUCAUUGAUCGUAUAAAAGGAAGACGUGUGGAAGCAUAUGUUUAA